AUGGCCACUCAAGCAACUUCCUCCUCUCCCUCUUCAGCUUCUUCAUCUUCUUCUUCUUCUUCUUCUUGCCCUCAAUGGAAAUAUGAUGUGUUCCUUAGUUUUUGCGGUGUAGACACUCGCAAGAAUUUCACAGAUCAUCUCUAUACUGCUUUGAAACAAAAGGGUAUUAUCACCUUUAAAGAUGAUGCGAAACUUGAGCGAGGAAAGUAUAUUUCUUCAGAACUCUUAAAAGCAAUAGAGGAAUCCAACAAAAUUGUUAAAUGCAAGAAGGAGACUGGAGUGACAGUUUUGCCUGUCUUUUAUCGUGUGGAUCCCUCUGAUGUAAGGAACCAAAAUGGCAUUCUUGCUAAAACCUUUGCUAAACAUGAGAAAGAUACUAGGAUUAACACAGAAGAUGUGCAAGCGUGGAAAGCUGCUUUGAAAGACGUGGGUGAUAUAUCUGGAUGGCAUUUGCAUGAUAGGUAA